GUACUGCCCAUGUACCUAGGUAGGGCUCACCCCUGCCAGCACCUCGUUGCCACCCAGUUUGCUGUGUACCUGCUGGACGAACGCUUGCCACUGGUACCUGUGCUGAAAUGGUCACACAUGAUGAAAGCACCCCCUCUGUUUGCUGACAUUGUGCCGGGGGAGUCUGGAAGGAACCAUAAAGCGUUGCUGGGCACCUCUCAUACUCAGGAGCUGCUACUGCUGCAGUACACAGGUGAGAAAUCAGGGGGCAGCCAGAUGGCCUGCCAGCUUGCAGGGCCACCACAGCAGCUACACAGCAUUGCCAGCUGCCUACCUCACCUCCCCACACAGCUCCCACACCAGCACCACCUGCUCCAGCAGCGUCUCAGCAUCCCUGCAGCUGGGCUGGCGGCCGUGCAGCAUGAGCAGGGCCAGGAGGAGUCCCUUCUGGUAUUCCAGCUCUCCGAGGCAGGUGAUGUCUUCUACCAGAUGCUGAGGCACGAAGCAGCACCCUCACCUGUUCCUGACCAGGGGGAUGAGGCAGAACCAGCUCCCACUCCCAACAAGGAGGAUGAGGCAGCAACACCCCCUGGCUCUCCCAUUCUGUUUGGUAGCGAGGAAGAAAAACAGGAGGAGGAAGAAGAGCAGACCUUCUACUUAUCUAAUCUGGAGGUGAUAAUCAAUGAUGAGGAGGAAGAGGAGGAGGAGGUAGUGGCCACACCAGCAGUCACUGAGGAACCUGAGUCCCAUGCCAGCCCCAAGCCUGCUCCAGAUGUGCCCAGUGCAGCUGCAGCUGUGCGGUACCGCCGCUGGCUGCGGGCGCUGCGGGAGCGGCGGCGGAGGCAGAAGCGUAGCCGGGCUCACCGCAGCCUCUCGGCCAGCUUCACCUCUUCCAUCACCUACCAGUCUGAGCUGUCCGAGCUCAGCGAGGGCGGCACUCCCCACCCCCCGGCCACCCCACGGGAGGUGGUGGUGUCCUCUCCACGGCACCCCCCACCACGCCCCACCGAGAUCCUGCUGUCCUCUCAGGAGCUGCGAUCCCGCGGCAUCCCCAAGGAGCGUCGGCGCACACUGCGGGACUACCUAUCCGUGUGGGCCGAGGGCCCGCAGGAUCUCCCCGAGGCCCCCAGCAGCAUCACGGUGCAGAGCUGCAUCCCCUCCUCGCAGAGCCAGCUCCCCAGCUCACAAAGUCAGCCCUCCUCCGCCUCGCAACAGCGGCGCAAGCGGCCCCGUAUGGGAUUCUGAGCAGCAAUAAACGCAGAGUGGCACGGC